AUGAAUAGCACGAUUCUAACUCUUAUUCCUAAGAUGGAACAUCCGAAAACAGCUGCUGACUAUAGACCAAUCGCCUACUGCACUACUCUUUACAAAUGCAUUUCCAAAAUGCUUUGUCAUAGAGUGUCUGGUAUCCUUCCAAAGUUGGUUAACCAAAACCAAGGGGCGUUUAUAAAAGACAGAUCUCUUGCCCAUAAUGUCUUAAUUCUUCAAGAUCUCUUAAAGGGUUAUAACAGGAAGUAUAGCUCUCCUCGUUGCUUACUGAAGAUUGACUUGAGCAAAGCCUAUGACUCAAUAGAUUGGGACUUUCUUGAAAACUUGCUGAAAGCUUUUAAUUUUCCUGAUCGCUUCAUAAGAUGGAUCAUGACUUGUAUGAGAGGUGCUUCCUAUUGUCUUAUGUUGAAUGGUCGUCUUCAUGGUAACUUUCAAGGAGGUAAAGGUCUUCGCCAAGGCGAUCCCAUAUCUCCGUUACUUUUUGUUAUAGUUAUGGAGUACCUCACCCGUUCCUUACUUCAAGCAGCUAAAGGAAAAGGUUUCAAAUUCCAUCCGCUUUGUAAAUCUUUAAAUCUAAUUAAUCUGUGUUUCGCCGAUGACUUACUUGUUGUGUGUAAAGCAAACUCUAGCUCCAUUCAAAUUAUUCAGCAUUCUUUAGAGGAGUUUUCAGCAGCCUCUGUUCUAGUUAUUAACAAAAGCAAAUCCAGAGUUUACUUUGGUGGAAUUUCGGACCAAGAUAAAGCUGGUUUACUGAAUAUUUUUCAGCUGAAAGAAGGUGAGUUUCCCAUGACUUAUCUUGGUCUGCCUUUGAGACCAACGAAGUGGAAGGCAAUGGACUGUGAUAUAAUUCUAAAGAAGGUUAGACAGAGACUUUGUGUUUGGGCGAGUAGGAACCUUUCCUAUGCAGGGCGGGUGCAGUUGAUCCAAUCUGUUUUGUUGGGUAUUAGGAACUACUGGAUGAGCAUCUUCCUUUUACCUCAAAGUGUCCUCAAGGAGAUUGAUCAUCUUUGCAGAUUAUUUCUUUGGGGAGGUAAAGGAAAUAGGAGCAAAUUUCAUCUUACUUCUUGGGAGUUAGUUUGCUGCCCUAAGAGUCAUGGUGGAUUAGGUUUCAAGGAGGGGCCUCUUUGGAAUAGAUUGCUAUUAUCUAAAUUCAUUUGGGCUAUCUCUUCUAAGCAGGACUUGCUCUGGGUAAAAUGGGUUAACUCUAAUGGGAAGCUGAUCUUGUCUAGAUUGUAUCAGCUGAUUUUGUCCAGCAGCCCAAAGCCUAUCAUGAAUUCAGUUUGGUGUUCUACUUCAGUGCCUAAUCACAAAUUCAUCCUUUGGAGAGUUUUGCAGGAUGUUUUUGACUGGUUGCAAGGGCUCCGAUGGCCUCCUAUCUACACAGACUGGUGCAGCUGGCUGGAGGCUGAUAGGAAGAACAUUACAGACCAGAUCACUAUUGCAGCUCUAGCAGCUUCAGUGUAUUACAUUUGGCUUACUCGGAACAAAUGCUAUUUUGACAGCAGCUGUUUUUUAGUUUCUACUGUUUCUAGUCUCAUUAAAACCUCUGUUUCAGCUAGAUUAAUUGGCUUAAAGCUUCGUUCUAAGGCUAGGACUUCUAGAGCUAUUCAAAUGAAUCAAUUUCUGUCUAGACUGUAUUGA